AUGUCGUUCAAUCCUCUUUCCGCUAUUCUUAAAGAACACAAACUCGAAGGUCAUAACUAUAUUGCAUGGAAACAAAACUUGGAUAUCGUUCUCACUGCCGAAGAGUACAAAUAUGUGCUCACUACUGAAUGUCCACCCGUACCUGCUGCAAAUGCUUCUGCAGCAGUGAAAGAAACAUACAGGAAGUGGUGUAAAGCCAAUGAGAUGGCGAAGUGCUACAUGUUGGCUUCUAUGUCAACAGUACUUCAACAUCAGCAUCAAGGCAUGAACACUGCUACUGAGAUUAUGAACAAUCUUAAUAACCUUUUUGGUACUCAGAAUCGAGCGGCUAAGUCUUUAGCCUUUCGGAGCAUCAUGACUAAGGUUAUGAAGGAGGGCACACCUAGUUUGCCAGCUAGCUAUCAGCAGUUCAAGCUCAAUUUCGAGAUGAACAAGAGGGCUUACACCCUAGCUGAACUGUUGACUGAGUUGCAGUCAGCGGAGGAUCUUAUGGUCCAGACAAAGGCUGCUAUGAUGAGUUCUAGGCCGUCUUCCUCAGGCUCUAAGCCAGGUAAGGGGAAGAAGAAAGCCCAGAAUGUUGUAGCACCUAAGAUAGCUAAGGGCAAAAAGAAACGGUGCUCGAUGGGCCUCCUUCUGGUGUAUGUCCAUGAACGCCUUGAACCGUUCAUGUUCGUUACACCCCGGCAGGCGGACUCGGACUCGGUUGAGACACCGUGA